CCUGCGUCGGCGCCCGCCGCGGCGGUGGCGCUGCCCUGCCGCGACCCGUCGGCGGCGAGCAGCGGGGACAGGGCGCCCCGUGCGGAGCUCCCGAAGCACCUGCGGCGGUGGGCGGACAGGGGCUUCAGCGUCGUGAGCAGCGCCGAUGCCGAGCAGCUCAACGCCUGGCUUAGGCACGGCGCGGAGGAUGGGCGAGGCGACGCGAGGGGAGCCAAAGGCCUGGACAAGAAGUACAUCGUCCAAGUGGUCCGGGACAAGGCCACCAAGGGCAUCGGGACCCUCUCGCUCGCCAGCAGUCUCACGGAGAGGGACGUCAAGGACGCGGCUGUCGCCCUGGCUGUCAAGGAGGGCCAGCUGAAGUCGAGGGAGGAGAGCAAGGGCGUGCAGAUCGCCAGGAACGUGGUCUCGGUCAGGGCGUGACGUGUGGCCUGCCCCCUUUCUCCUCCCUCCUUCUCCGCCUCGCUC